UGAUAGGUGAUGAGCCAAAUACAGUAGAAAGAAAGAAGACAAAGGACAAAUUGGCGAAGAAGAAGAGAAAAAAGGAGAAGGGAAGUAAAGCUACUGCUGGCAAAAGUUAUGAAAAUGAGAACAACUCUGCAAAUCCAAAAUGCAUUGGGGAGAUGGACUCUAGUUAUGCAGCAGAUUUGUGUCAAACUGAAACACAAAACAAGAUAGGGAACAAUACAACAGCACCUGAGGAAGCUGAUAUUGGAAUUAAUAGCAAAACUUCUAAUAGAUCCAAGAAAGCUGCAAAAGAUAAAAAGAAGGAUCGACUUUCAUCUAAGAUGAGUAGUAAGUUAAAGAGAAAGGCAGAUACAGUUCACCAAGAUGGAGUUUAUUACAUCUCUUCAGAGGAUGAGGACUGCUCAAAAGGAAUGAAAAAGUGGAUAAUGGAAUACCAUCAAAGUAGACCAGGAUUGAAGAUACUGCAGCAAAGAAUUGAUGAGUUCACAAUUGCCCAUGAGGCACAGGAGGAACAGGCAAGAAAAGAGAGAGAAGGUCAAGCUGCAGAAGGAGGGUGGACUGUUGUGGUACAUCAUAAAGGUAGGAAAAAAACAACAGAUUCUGAAAGUGGGAUUACUGUGGGCUCUGUUGCCCAGGCUGCUGUGGUCGAUAAAAUGAGCAAAAAGAAAAGCAAAGACGUUGGGAUAGACUUCUACAGAUUUCAGAGAAGAGAAGCUCAGAGAAAUGAGAUUAUGAUGUUGCAGAGCAAAUUUGAGCAGGACAGAAAGCGGAUACAACAGUUGAGAGCUGCAAGGAAGUUCCGGCCCUACUGAAUCAUGCACACCCAUCACUGAGGAUGUUGCAUCAGAAGUACCCCAUUUGGAUGUUCAAUGUUACAUUGUGAAAGCCGAAGAGAAUUUUUCCUACCGAAAGGGUGAGGUGUUGAAAAGAAUGCAAUGAAAUGACUCUGAAUUACUUGAAUUUCAGAGAGAAUUUGUUAUUUUUUGCAUAUUUAA